CGACUGUUAGUCGAUAGCUGAACCCACGCAUGGAGGACGUCUUUUUCUUAGUGGCUGCGACACAAGAGGCCUGUAUUUAAUUAGAAGAACUAGCAGUCUUCUUUAUAUCAAUGUAAACUAGAAUCGUAAAACCUAAUAAAAAAUGAUCAGUAUAAAGUGUGGAAACAGAGUCACUGGUGUCAAUCAAGGCCGUCACAAGUUCCUUCCUCUUUUAAAUUGAAGUAUUUGAUGAGUGAAGAUUUUAUACUGAAGAUGGCCCUUGAUGAUGAUUAUUCUUUGGCUUCCUCCAUCAACAACACUGUACUGGAAGACCAUGAGGACUCACGUUGUUUGUAUUUUGAUUAUAACUAUGACAUCACAACAGCAGUAAUUUGUGGGAUGUACUUAGUAUUUGGUAUUGUUUACACUCUUUAUGGUUAUCGUUGUUUCAAAGCUGUGAUGUUUCUCACUGGUUUCAUCUUUGGGUCUGUUGUGGUUUACUUGAUCUGUCUGGAGGAACUACUUCCAGCUGCAGGAAACUCGGGUGUAGCACUUGGGGCAGGCUUGCUCUUUGGACUGAUCACAAUGCUGGUGCAAUAUGUAGGACUCUUCAUGACAGGAUUUCACAUGGGGCUCUUUGUUGGAGUUGCUGCCAUCAUGGUAGCUUAUCUUUGGUACUCGCCUACUACAGUAUGGAUAACAGUGGGAAUCUUGCUUGGUUGUGGCCUCUUGGGUGCUGUAAUCAUACUUUUCUUCCAGAAAGGUUGUACAAUACUAGGCACAAGCAUCUAUGGAGGUGCUAUAAUAGCAGCGAGUGCAGAUUAUUUUAUAGAAAAAUUCAUCAUGCUCUAUUGGGUCUGGGAUCGUGUUCGUGUGGCCCCUUCUCACCCACCUUGUUGGUUUUCCUGGUUAAUCCUUGGGAUCUGGCCCUUCAUGGUUCUAGUUGGUGGAUUAACUCAGUGGAAAAUCACUGGCCGAGGCAUUCACCAUGAAGAAAUGAGACCCAGCAGAAGAACAAGACAAGUCAAUCUCCAAAGAAUCAGACGAGAGGAAUCUCGAGCAGAGCAAAGACAAAGGAAGUAUCGUUAUUUAUAUCAAGUGAGAACAGCACAUGGAGACGUAAUUUCUCAGAGCUACAUCCAGAGUCUCCAGACUAAAGUCUGCCCUCCAGAUGAUAGUCUAACAACAAUCCACUCAGACCUGACACGCCUAACUGCCCCUUCAGCUAGUACCACAACCACAUUGAGUCAAGUUGCUUGAUAUACACAUCUGGAAAAUUGAGAAAUCAAGUAUAAAUCAACUUUUGGUUUUCAUGUGUAAUGAAACUGCUUGGUUCCAUUGAAAACUAGAAUAACUGAGAGUUCCAGUUGAACACUUCUAGAAACAUCACUUUAUAUCCAAGGCCUAUAGCUAAAUGAUACAGUGGAGAGAAUAGAUUUUCAAAUUCAUGUAGGCUUAUCAUCUGUAUGCAAGCCUUAAACUUUUAUGGCAAUAGCCAUUCAGUGAAUAAUGUGAAAUGGAACCUGAAUUUGAAGAACAGAUAUUGUGGGCUACUUUGAUUAGUGACAAGAAACAGGUAGCUAGUCAUUAAUCAGUAAGAAAUAUAAGUAUUGAGUAACAUUUUUUGUUAUGUUAAUGUCUUGUAUAACUAUACAAACCUAAACUAUUUUUGUUAUUAAUUCUUAUCUAAUAUGUCUUUUACUUGGUAGCUUCAACAUAUUUGAUGUAUAUCUUAAUUAUCAUAAGAAGACAUUCCUUUGCUCAGCAGACAUUGACCAAGACACUUUCAGGUUAAUUGUUUUUAAUGUCUUGUUUCUGUAUUUUUUUGUUUUAUUUUUUUGUAGGAUAAUAUUUUGUAAUCAAUACUUUGCAAGUCUAUAGGAAGUUGAAUAUUUUCUCAACCAUAAGAUUUUAUCUAUAUCAUAUUUCGAAAUUGUUGUUUAGCUUAGACUAACCUUGAGUGAGCAGUAAAAGUGUGGAUAUUUAGUGGGUUAAAUCACUUGUAUAUUCUAGGACAUAUGUGCAGAAUGAAAUGUAAAUAUGUCAAAGAGAGGUAUAUUAUAGGUAAUUUUCCUGUGCAAAUAUUUGAAUUGUCCUUGAUUAUAUACAUUGUUGCUCAUUCUGAUGCUUUAGAAUUAAGAAGAGUUAAGUUGAAAACCAAAUAUUUUAUUGUGUACCACUGUUAACAAGAGCUUCCCUAACAAUAUUUUGUAUUCUAUACAGAGUCUACUGAAACUAUGAUGUUUUGACUGUAUGCAAGAUCAUAAGUUGAUGCAUAAACAGCAAACUACUCAGUGAAACAUUGGUUUCUUCCAUUUUUUGUUGUUGCUGUUUUGUGUAGCAUUUGAAAACAUGUACUGUAAUUACAACAGUGUGUUAAUAUUCACCAUGUAAUUGAGUUUUUAUUUGAGUACUCUCUCAGUGAUUGUAUCAUGUUAGUAUUUACCACUAGCUUUAUUCAUUUCUGGGAUUAAAGGACAGCAAUUAAAUUCCUUGUUGAUUUGUUGUUGUUUUUUUGUUUGUUUUUUAGUGAAAGGUUAAAAUACAUCUUGUGUGUCUUUGUUGAAUCUAUUUGCUUUUCUUUUCUCUGAUUAUACUGUAGCUCCAAAACUUUUUGCUGGAUUUUGUGUGGUGAAAAAUUGUUCAUUGUUGUUAAUGAUACUUAAUUUCUCAUUAAAUAAUAUUGGAUCUUUUUGAUAUCUUUACUGUGCUAUAACAUUUUCUAUAACAAAUAAGAUUUAUAAACUGUUUCUGAAGGCUUCAGAAAGAAACUUCUAUAAAAUAUGUUUAACCUGCAUAUAAAACAAGUGAAAGAGUUGAUUUUAAAGCCUGUAAUAUAAACCAAUACAGUUUUGUGAAGUGUUCUGAGCACAGAUCUGGUGUUUUUUACAUGUGUUAUUUGCUGUUAUCUGCAUGUUGGGUAAAAAAAUACUUCUUUCUUGUCAUGUGAAAGGUACAUGUAGCUAUAGAAAAGCUUCCAAAUUUUUUAUUUCAAAUAGGAUAUCAAAUGUGUAUUGUAUGUAGAUCCUACUGUGAUAUACAUUUAAGGAAUGAAACUAAGCUUUGAUUGGAAUUACCAGUGCUGGUGUGAUUCUUUUCAAUGCAGAAGCAACUUUGAAAUGUUCUGGUAAAUCUUCCAUAGGUGCUAGCAUUGUAUCUUGUUGACUAAGUUUUGGUUAUUUGUAACAUAAUUAUAUAUUCACAUAAUACAAACAAGUAUUAUGUUGAUACAGAGCCAGAAUAAGGAACUUUUAGCUGUUGUGGAAAAAGAUUUUUGAUUGGAGGAGAGAUUGUAAGUAAUGUUUAUUUAGGUCAUUUAGUUAUUGUAGAUAUUGUAACACAAAAUCUGUAAAGUGUAUCACUUAUAAACUUAAAGAAUCUCUACUGUAUGGAAUUCACAUGCUAACUGAUGUUUGAUCAUGUAGUUUAAAAGUAUGUAUAGAAAUUUUGUGUUGUGAUUUUUGAAAAAGACAAAUCUGUAAUCAAAUAGUUACCAGUACUAUCAAACUGUCCGGGAAUUAUAGGCUUUAGCCGUUGCCAUGAUUUUCAAAAAGUAUAUCUUAAACUUGAAUACUACAUUGUAGAAGGUUUGUGAAUAUUCUAGUCCCAUUAUUAAAAAAAAAAUUGUCUCUUAAUGGUAAAUGUUUCAGUUGUGAAGUAUGGAUCACAUAAUUUUCUUUUUUUGGGAAUUCUGCCAUUUAUUUUCAAAUUCACAGAGAAAUUUAUUACUUGAAAAUAUGUUGACAUCUCAAAUGCUUUUAUAUUGGCUUUAAAACCUUGAAAAAAAAUCAUUUGUUGUUUUAGCUCUCUUUAAUGUUAAUAACAUCUCACUUAAGUUCUUUUAUGAAUAUGUUAAUGCAAACAGUUUUUUUAGUUUGGCCAACCUUAGGAACUCAAAUACCUUUGGUUUUGUCACAUGUCUCAGGAAGGUCUACAUUAGACAAGAGUUUAUGUAUAACACUGCCAAUGUUUUCAAUAUAUCGUGAUUAAAAUUUUGUAAGCCCAGUAAUUUUUCUUUUGUAUUUCCAUUUUCUGUACAAGUGUUUUUUACUGCUGGUUUUUGAAAGAAAGGCCAGUAAAUGUUUUGUUGUUUAGAAAGUUGAUUUAGUAUUGAUCACAUGCUGUGCUUAUUAUGAAAGUAAUAUUGUUAGCUCCUACAUAUACAUUUAGUGUGUGUCUAGUUUAACUGUAUAAUUGGGUAUGUUUAUGCCAUUUUCAUUGUGGUGGUAAUGGUAUUGUGUUUGGUAUCAUAUUAAUGUGAUUUCCUGUGUAACAAGUUACCAAUCAGACUUUUUUUUCACAUUUUAAAGGAUAAGAAAAAUGAAGUUUUUUUGAAAGAAGCAUUCCUGUUCUGCUGUUUUUCUUAUUUCCAUUUUUGAAUAAAGUGUUUUUUUUAUAUUCCGUAGCUUUGUCUUUUUAAGGAACACGGGAUUCAUAUUUUAUAAAAUGUUAAUAUAUUUUCAGAAGUUGUAAGAAAGAAUUUUUUUGUGGUGAAUAACUUCAUAAAUAAUACAAUUUACAUGAAUUGUGCAUACAAAUAGAGGAUUUAUCACAAUUAAAAUUGCUUUUUUUUUUUUUGUC